CUUCUCCUCACAAAAACUCAACCAAACGCUCUUCCCAUUUUACAAAGAUAAACUCAAUCGGUAACAAUGGCAGCUUCUGUUGUCUUUGGCUUCACGCCGGCGGCCACUUGUUCCGGUGUAAUGACAACCUCCUCAACCAAACUUCACUUCAGAACUAAACCCAAUUCCGAUCUAGGGUUCCUCACUUCUCAAUUGAGCGGCAUCAGAAUCUCCUCCAACCACUCACUCAUCUCCCCCGCUUCCAUUUCUACUGCUCCUCUCAGGCCUUCCCUUCAACCUGUUGCUCGUAGAAUUUGUCCAUUUACUGGAAAGAAAGCAAAUAAGAAGAACUUAGUUUCUUUCUCCAACCACAAGACCAAGAAAUUGCAGUUUGUGAAUCUUCAAUACAAGAAGGUUUGGUGGGAAGCUGGUAAGCGUUUUGUGAAAUUACGUUUGUCAACUAAGGCUUUGAAGACUAUUGAGAAGAAUGGACUUGAUGCUGUGGCUAAGAAGGCUGGAAUUGAUCUUCGUAAAGAAUGAUAUGGUAAUUCAUGACACUCAAUCUUAACUCAUUUAGAAUUUGAGGAAGAUUUGUUUGUAUUCCUGCUGUUUUUGCCUCUUCUUGUUGUUAGUCAUCUGUUUAUUUUUCAUGGUCACAGUAUUCUUGUAUCUUUGCUUUCCUUCCUCCAUUUGUCAAUGAAGCUGAAAAAUCCAUCCUCUUUCCCUUCUGGGUUUUCUGAAUGUUACAUUUUCUUAGAAGUUCA